AUGGCCGCGUCCCAGCUGGCAGCGCUGGAAGGAGUGGCGUCGGUGGCCGGGGAGCCGCCCCUGACGGAGACCCGCCCGGGCUUCCUGUACUCGGAGGGCCAGCGGCUGGCGCUGGAGGCUCUGCUGAGCCAGGGCGCCGAGGCCUUCCAGGCGUGUGUGCAGCGCGAGGGGCUGCGGCCCUUCCUGGGCGGCGCCGAGCUGCAGGGCCUGGCCGCGGCCGCUGAGGACUGGACGGCGGCCCAUCCGGAGCCCGGCGGCGGCGGCGGCGGCGACGGCAAGGAGGGGGCCGUGGCCGGCGGGGACCCCGGCAGCCUGACCUACUGGCCCGGCCAGUCGGAGGAGCCGGUGCCCGUGCUGCGGCUGGGCUGGCCCGAGGACUCGGGCUGGAAAGGCAUUACCCGGGCGCAGCUCUACACCCAGCCCCCCGGCGAGGGCCAGCCGCCCCUCAAGGAGCUGGUGCGCCAGGAGAUCCAGGCAGCCUGCAAGCUGGUGGCCGUCGUCAUGGACAUAUUCACUGACCCGGACCUGCUCUUGGACAUGGUGGACGCUGCCACGCGCCGCUGGGUGCCCGUCUACCUGCUCCUGGACCGCCAGCAGCUGCCUGCCUUCCUGACGCUGGCCCAGCAGCUGGGCGUGAACGCCUGGGCCACGGAGAACCUGGACGUCCGCGUGGUGCGGGGCUGCAGCUUCCAGAGCCGCUGGCGGCGGCAGGUGACGGGCGGGCUGCGGGAGAAGUUCCUGCUGCUGGACGGCGAACGGGUCCUCUCGGGCUCCUACAGCUUCACGUGGAGCGACGCCCGCCUGCACCGCGGCCUGGUGACCCUGCUGACCGGGGAGAUCGCCGACGCCUUCAGCCGCGAGUUCCGGACGCUGUACGCGGCCUCCGGGCCGCUCCCGCCGGCGCCCGCCCCGGGCCCGGGCCCCUUCGUCAGCGCGCUGGGCGGCCUGCAGCUGGCCCGCGGCCCGCACGCCGUGGCCCGCCGCUGCUCCGUGGCCCCCGCGCCCCCGCCGCCGCCGGAGGUGGCCCCGCUGACCCAGCGCCUGGCCGCCUGCCGGGUCCUGGACGCCGGGCGGCGGGAGGCCCCGGGCCCCGGGCCCGCGCUCAGCGACAUCCUGCGCGGCGUCCAGCGCGCCCGGCCGGCCAGCGGCCCCGCGGCCCGGCCCAGCCGCUCCCUGUGGGACCUGAGCCGCCUGUCCCAGCUGUCCGGCUCCAGCGACGGCGACGGCGAGCUCAAGAAGUCCUGGGGCUCCAAGGACACCCCAGCCAAGGCCCUGAUGAGGCAGCGGGGCACUGGGGGGGCCCCCAGGGGUGAGGUGGACUCCCGCCCCCUGGCCGGCCCCCUGCCCCUCACCCCCGGCCGCCGCCUCCGCUACCUGUCCCCCACCCGGAGGAGGUUUGGAGAUGACGCUGCGCUCAAAGCCCUGGAGCCCAGAGGGGGCCGGCCGCCGGGCUGGGCCACCCGGGCGGGACUCAGGGGGCGGCCCUGA